UACAAAUGAACAUGCAAACUCUAAAGUCUGAACGAAUAACGCAUCAUAUGGACUAGUUAUUGAGUCAUAUGUUGAUCUCCAAUCCAAAGACAAUAUCAUUUCUCACGUAAUAUUGUCAUUAAUAAGUCUACUGUGUUAUUGAAUAAGGGUAGGCAGGUUCAAACUCGUAAAUAAGUGUACUAAUUUGGAUGAUGAUAAUGCACUAUGUACCACAAUAUGUCACACUUCGAAAGUUCAAUUAAUUAAUAAGUUAAUUAAGUUUGUGAUUAGUGAACCAGCUUGGUACAGUUUUGCCCUACUACUGUACGUGUUUAGAUUGUAAUCACACUUCGAUUAGAUGAUUCCAUGCUUACGGCCGAAAGAAUAAUUAAUAAUAACGACCAAGAAUUAAAUUAAACCACCGCAAUUUUCCUAUUAUAGGAAACGGCGGGACACAUUUUUCUCCCCAACUUAAAAAGAAAAAAACGUGUUGACUUGACAGCAGUAAUCCUCUCUCGAAUUAAUUAAUUUUUUAAAAUUCCUUCUUAAAAUCAAAUAAAUAAAAAUCCCAUGCAGCCAGCAAGUUGUAAAAAACUAAAAAUAUAAAAAAAAAACCCUGUCUAAUUAUUUUCUGUGGCCAUUCUCACACUCAGUCACAGUCAAUCCAUAAAAUGAUAGCCCAAAGAAUUUCCCAAUUGUAAAUAAAUAUCUCUUUAAUUAUGGAAUUAUCACAAUCACCCAACCAGCGGUCUCAUCACAGAGACAUCCUCUCAGCCGUUCGAUCCAAAUCACGCGUCGCAUUUAUAAUUUCGAUUAAUGAAUUGUUUUUUCCCUCUUCCAUUUUUCCUAGAGCGAAGCAAAAUCUUAAAUCACAGUAAAAGAGAGGGGUCAGAUAAAAGUACUGAGCGGGUUUUCCGGUGCAGAGGACGAAUAAGGAAAAGCUGGCGCCACGCCACGCGUACACCCCUCCAGCCGUCCGAUCACGCCCCAUCGCCGUUCGCUCGAUAAAUAAGAGAGAGAGAGAUAAAGGAAAGGAAAUGCAUCGAGACUGGAAGAAAACUGUAGAGAAGUGCCCAGAGAUAGAUUUCCUUGUCUUCCUCCUUUCCUCCCCCUCUCCUUUCCUUUUCUCUUUCAUUCCUUGUUUCUGCUUUGCUUUCUUCUCUCUCUGGCUUUCGCCUUCUCUGUCUCGGGGAGAGGAGACGAAAGAAAGGAAGGAAUUCAUGAGAGAAAAGUAGGUCUGGUGGUGGUGGCCAUUUAUUAAAUGGAGAUCGACAGCAUGAGCAGGCAGCAGCAGCAGCAGCAGUAAGAGCCGCGCGGGAAGCAGGGAAAGAGUUGCAGUUUCCAUGGCGGCGUUUGCAGAGCAGCUCUAAUUCCGUGCCAUUAUUGCUCCCUGCUACCACAAUUCAACUCACUCACACUCUCCCCAAAAAAAAAAAAAAAUCAAUUUCUCCUCUCCUCCUCUUCAGUCCUUCCUUCUCUCUAUCACUACUACUACUACUUCAACUGUUAGUUCUGCAACUUCUUUCUCUGUUUCUCUCUAUCUACCCUAAUAACCUGAAAUUCGCAAGUAGAGCCAGCUUGAUUAGGUUUUCCAUUUUAUUUUGGGUGAGAAAUUAGGAUGAUAGUGUGAAUUCUGAUUCAGAAACGGCGCCGUUUCCAUCUGCUAUGGAUUUGGGGAGAAAUUUGGGUUUGGAUUUAGGUAAGAGAUGGCAGGGUGGUUCUAUCUAAGCGGAAGAGACACAGUCAUAUCAUCAGCAGCGGCGGCAGCAGCGGCAGCGGCAAGUAAUAAAAGAGAAGAGGAUAGAGACGACAACAGCUUGUUUCUGUUUCGAGACGAAGAGAUCCACAACAACAGCAGCAGCGGCGCAAACGCAGCCACGGCAGGCGGCGGCGGGGGAGGACACAGAGGGUUCGGGUUCGAGAUAUGGCCGCAGUACUACCAGCAGCAGCACCAGGCCGGAAUCUACGCAGCGGCGGCGUCCACGUUUGGGGCCGGCACGAGCCGGAGCUCUGAUGAUUCUUCUAGAUCGGGCGGCGGCGGAGGGAUCAUGAUGCGGUCAGGCGGCGGCGGAGGAUCUGGAGGAGGGAUUAACUGUCAGGAUUGUGGUAAUCAGGCCAAGAAGGAUUGCACGCACAUGAGAUGCCGAACCUGCUGCAAGAGCCGCGGGUUCCAGUGCUCGACCCACGUGAAAUCCACGUGGGUCCCUGCUGCGAAGCGCCGCGAGCGCCAGCACCAGCUCGCGGCGCUCCAGCAGCAGGAUCCGGUUCAGCCGUUCCGCGGCGAGGUUCCGAAGCGGCUGAGAGAGAGCAGCUCGUCGCGCUUGGCGACGGGCACUGGUUCAGGGUUGGAAGUGGGAGGGCAUUUUCCGAGCGAGGUGAACUCGUCGGCGGUGUUCCGGUGCGUGAAGGUGAGCUCCAUCGACGAUGCGGAAGAGCAGACGGCGUAUCAGACGGCUGUGAACAUAGGUGGACACUUAUUCAAGGGAAUUCUGUACGAUCAAGGCCCUGAUCAUCAUCAUCAUCACCAUUCAUCUCGUUACGGUGGAGAGAGCUCUUCCGGCGGCGGAGGAGGAGGAGGGCAGCCUUUGCAUCUGAUAACGGCGGGGACGAGCGGCGGAGGAGGAGGAGGAGGCACAGCCGGGGCGGGAACGAGCGGUGGCGGUGUUGAUCAGGCCGUCAACCCGGCUGCUUCUGGGUCGAUGAUGGAUCCGGCUUCUCUAUACCCGGCUCCGCUCAAUGCGUUCAUUGCCGGUACGCAAUUCUUCCCGCCCCCAAGGUAGAAAAAAAUGUGGAAGAGAUGAAACGCAAAUUUGUUGUGAGGCAGGCGGAUAAUUGUUUAGAGCAGGGUUUCUCUUCUUUAAAAAUGACCUCUUUAGCUUUAGCUAGUUAGCUAGCGAGAGUACGUUAGUGUAAUAUUAAUGUUGCAUUGGUGCAAUUCUUAACACAACACUGAAACACCACUUAUCUCGUGAAUCUUAAAAUUCGGUUUGUCUUCAUUCUCAUUCUAUUAUAAAUUUGUCGAGUAUUCAUAACCCGUCGGUAAUGCAUUACUGGAUGGGUAUAAGAAUAUUAGGCUGAUGGUAGCUAAAGUUGGAGAAGGAAGAAGCUAGAGAUGAUGAUUAUAGUAUAGGUUAAUAGCGUUGAGAUUCUGUGAUGCUUUAUAAUUGUUGGAUUUGGGUUAAUGACAACCCUAAUUCCUCGUUUGUGUUGCCUUGUGGAUGCGUGCUAGGGCUAUAGCUUGUUUUUUUUCCUUCUUUCAAUCGUUUAAAGUUUAAACCCAUAUGAUUAAUUAAUUAAUUAAUUAAUUGGAGUAUUUCUGGGGAUUUAUUAAUUUGAAAAGGAAUUUUUUGUGUGGCUGGUUCUGAGAUGUGCUUUCUGAAUUCUGGUUGGUGUUGAACUCGAUGCCUGCUUUCCCCCCGGUAACCGGGUUUCCUUGCGAGAGGGAGAGAAAUUGUUGGUUCCGUGUUUGGUUAACCAAAGAAUUUUUUGCCCAACCCAAAAAAUAAUAUUGCAGAAAAAGUUCAUAUUGAAUGUUCUUCGAAGAAGGGAGAUUUGGGGAAUUUUUUAAAAAGAGACAUAGCGGCAGCUUUAUAGAGAUUGCCUUCCACUAACAACACAUGAGAAAAAAAAAGAUGGCAGAAGUCGGCACUCCAAACCCACAAACCAGAUUUCAUUACAUGCAUGUUAAUUACUAUAAAGCUUGCUAGCUGCUGGUAUGCGAAGUGCAACAUGGCCUAUCAUAUGGACGACACUCUUGUUCUCAUUUUUCUAUGUGUUAAAAGAGUGUUGAGCGAAAUGAACUCGUAUGCUUGAUUAUAGUUUUCAGACUUCCAUUGUUUGAAACUUCGUGAUUUCGACCGUUGUCUCUUGAUUAGAGCAUUUCUUUGUUUUCGCGGUUCGCUUGCUUAAAAGCUGUUUUAUGGUGUGGGAAAACGUAGAAAUGGAGAUGGCAUAUAUAUAUAUGCUAUAUGACCCAAAAGAAGAAUGUGGAUGAGUUGUCCAUCUCAAAACUACUUAUCUGCAGACAAUACAAGUUUUAGGCAAUAGAAUUGACGUGCAUGGAUGUGACCUAAUACAAGAGAGGAGGGGUGUUUGGGGAGAAGAUCGAGAUUAUUCAGUAAAGCUAGAAAGAAUAAUUGCAUGGGGCUUUCAUUGUGAAUUCACAUAUAUGUAAAUUCACAUCAUUAUUGCACAUUUAUGGAGUUUUGAGAAUGUUCAAUGUGAUGGAGACGAAUGAACAGAUCAUGCAUGUGAUAUUGGAUGGAUAUUCAUGGUGAUGCAUUAGGGAGGGAGUUUGGUUGCAGGAAUCAUUUCCUUUAGAGGCUGCAACAACGAGGGUUUCAGCUAAGACAACAUAACUCGUCUCCAUUGUUUCAGAAAUUCACAAGGAAUAACAAUGUUUCUAUUUAGUCAUCAUCUACUAUAACUAUGCUGCUGAUUUAGAGGUCUUUUUUCAUGUUUAAGAUGUUUCGUGUAAUUUGAAAAUGCAUGAUUUUUUAUAUAUAUAUAUAUUUUUUACUUUGUUGGAAUAAUUUAUCUGUGUAUUU